UGAGUGCGUGCGAAAGUGCUAAAGAAAAGACUGACCUCGUCGGGGUGGUCAUCUGCUCCGUUUUUUCGCUUGGUGCUAAAUCAUUUCUAUCUAAAGUUUUAUUUUCCACCUUUUUCUCCGGUCGGCAGUCGCUGUCGAAAAUCGAGGAUAGUGUGAUAGAACGACCGUAGGUACACGGUGCAAGUUGCCGACCAAUUUUCAUCCGAACUCUCGGCGCGAUGGCUGGAUUGCUGUCAAUCUCGUCGCGUAAUCUUCCGCGAACCGCACUACGAAUCAGCGGUGGCCUUCGCUCGCUGGAGGGAAGUUCACAGCAGGUUAACAAUGGUUUGCGUUCCUACCACCAGGGGCGCGCUGCCUUGCAGAGAUUAGUUCGGGCGACGGUGGCCGAAAGCGCACCGAUUCAAAGCUCGACUGCCGCAUCGAACGCAGCAUCCCGAUGGCUUCAAACCGAACGCAGCAUCUUCACCUCCGCCCGGUUACUUAACUCGGAGGUCGUCAAGGUGCCCCCGUUCGCCGACUCCGUAUCGGAAGGAGACGUCAAGUUCGAAAAGAAGGUCGGAGAUGCCGUCGCUGCCGACGAAGUGGUCAUGGAAAUCGAAACCGACAAGACCACAGUGGGAGUUCCGGCCCCGGCCCACGGUAUCAUCGAGGAGAUCUACGUGGCCGACGGUGACACCGUCAAGGCCGGCCAGCAGCUGUUCAAGCUGAAGAUCACCGGUGAGGCUCCGGCAGCUGGUGCCCCCAAGGCCGAAGCACCGGCGCCUGCUGCCGCUGCUCCUCCACCUCCACCGCCACCCCCGCCGGUGGCCGCUGCAGCAGCUGCUGCACCUCCGCCACCGCCACCAGCAGCGGCAGCUGCCCCGCCACCUCCGCCUCCCAGGCCGACAGGUCCAAUCACCAAGAUGCCCGUCGCUGCCAUGCGUCACGCACAAGCCAUCGACGCCGCCACGGUCAAGUUGCCUCCGGCCGAUUACACCAAGGAAAUCACCGGCACCCGGACCGAGCAGCGCGUCAAGAUGACCCGUAUGCGGUUGAAGAUCGCCUCUCGUCUGAAGGAAGCCCAAAACACCAACGCCAUGCUGACCACGUUCAACGAAAUCGAUAUGAG